AUGUUACAUUUUCUAGCUAGAAUUGCUUGUUUAUUAUUAUUUAUAUUUAUUUAUUGUGAAUUUUUGAUUUAUUAUUUUGUUUUGUUGGGUUGUUCAUGGCCACAAUUAUCUAAAAUUGAUCAAGAUUUUACUGUUAAACCACCAAAUAAUCCCAAUAAAAAACCAUUACAUGUUAUGUUUAUUGCUGAUACUCAUUUACUUGGUUCACGUGAAGGUCAUUGGUUUGAUAAAUUACGUCGUGAAUGGCAAAUGUAUCGGUCAUUUCAAUCAGCACGAUUUCUUUUUGAACCUCAUAUUAUUUUCUUUCUUGGUGAUAUAACUGAUGAAGGUAAAUGGUGUUCAGAUCAUGAAUGGGAAAAUACUGUUGCUCGUUUUCAUUCAUUAUUUUCUGUUCCAACGAAUACAAAAUUGUAUGUACUUGCUGGAAAUCAUGAUAUAGGUUUUCAUUAUGAUGUAUCGGAUGGUCGUUUAGAACGUUUUGAAAAAUCAUUUCAAGCUCCACAUGUACGUUCAAUAACAAUUGAUGAUGAUCAUAUUGAUUUUAUAUUAAUUAAUUCAAUGGCAUUUGAAGGUGAUCAAUGUCGUUUAUGUGCACGUGCUGAAAAAGAACUUAAUGAAAUUGUUAAUGAUCUUCAUCGAUCUGAAAUAUCGACUAAACCAGUAUUAUUAUCACAUUUCCCAUUAUAUCGAGUGUCAGAUGCUAAUUGUUCACUAUGGAGACAAUCUUCUUCUUCAAAAUUUGUUCCACAUAAACAACGUCAUGAUGUUUUAUCUCAAGAAGCAUCUGAAAAUUUAUUAAAAAAAUUAAAACCACGACUUGUAUUUACAGCUCAUACACAUGAUUUCUGUUAUACAGAACAUACCGAUGUGAAGGGUAAGAUAAUUCCUGAAUGGACAAUUCCUUCAUUUUCUUGGCGCAAUCGUGAUGAUCCAUCAUUGAUGCUUUUAUCGAUAACAACAAAUAAUGAACGAGUAUCACAUUGUCGUUUACCACGUGAAUCUACUGUUUUUUGGUCAUAUGAAAAAGAAUUAGACUAUAAAAAAAUAUCUUUACAAAUAAAGUCUAUUAGAAUUAUUAAUAAAUGUUAA